AUGGCCGAAGAAACAACGAUUCCUGAGCCAGAAGUUAUCAAAAUAUCGGUAUUUACACCCUUGAUAUAUGUUGGAGUGGUAUUAUCACUAUUCAUUAUAUUCUCAAUGACUUAUAGAAAAAGAAGAGUAAAUCAAUUUAAACAAAUAGAGCCAAUUUUUAAAGAAAAUUAUAAUUCUUCGAUAUAUCAACAACUAAAAUCUCAAUACACAGACCCAAAUUUAUCAAAAGAUCAAAAACCUCAUGAAAAAGUAAUGAAAGCUGCCUUAUUGCGUAGAGCAGUAGAAGCAAUAAGAAGAAGUAUGAAAUUAAAAGAAAAUGAAGCCAUAUUCAAUAAGUUAUAUCAAAAUGGAUUGAUUGGUGAUGAUAUGUACAAACAAUAUGAAUUUCAAAUAAAAUUUCAAGAGUUAGAAUUAAAGGAAAUUGUAGCUGAAACUGAACAAUAUAAGAAAAAUUGGUCACAAACUUUUUUCCCUUUGGCUCAAGAAAUAUGUUUUAAUGAAGCUUUAAGAAGAAGAAUUAAUGCUAUAGAUGAUAGAGCAUUGGAUUUAAGUACUUUAUGGGAUUUCAAAUAA